UUUCGCGCCAAUUUCGUGUCGUCUCUGUUUGCGUUUCAAUUUUUGUUUACUCGGGAGCAAAAUCAUAUUUUUUGUCGAACAUUGUUGUGUCAAGCGAUAUACUUUUAGAGAACGGAGAAGAGUUUAUAUAUAAGAGUUUAUAUUUAAAAAAAACGUAAAGUUUCAAGUUGUAAUUGUCUGAUAAACACAAAACGUCAAAAUGAGCGAAGUUUCAGACUUACUCGAUUUAUUACCUGUUUAUUAUUCGAGAUUGUUCCCAUUCAACGAUUAUUAUAGAUGGUUAAGUUACGGAAGUGCUGCCACCUUUAGCAGAAGAGAGUUUUCAUUUACACUGUCAGAUGAUAUUUACAUACGUUAUCAAUCUUUUACUGAUCAGAAAGGAUUGUCGGAUGAAAUUAAAAGGCUGCUGCCACACAAGAUAGAUAUAGGAGCGGUUUACAAUAUCCAACCAAAGGAUCAAAGAAGAGGUCCUAAUUUUCAACCGGUUGAAAGAGAACUGGUGUUUGAUAUAGACAUGACUGAUUACGACGAAGUGAGAACUUGCUGCAAAGGAGCUGAUAUUUGUAAUAAGUGUUGGAAGUUCAUGUCACUUGCUUGCAAAAUAUUGGACGCCGCACUGAGAAAUGAUUUUGGAUACAAGCAUAUAUUGUGGGUAUUUUCUGGCAGAAGAGGUAUUCAUUGUUGGGUAUGUGACUCAGCUGCACGCGCUUUGUCGGCGCAAAUACGUGCAGCAGUAGCUGAAUAUUUACAAGUUAUAGGCGGAGGUGAAUUCAUGAAAAAGAAAGUACAUCUUAACGGCGAUAAGAUUCACCAUUCCAUAAAACGUGCUCUUGAUAUAAUCGAUCCCGUUUUCAUCGAAAUGUGCGUCAAAGAACAGAAUAUGUUGGGCACAGAGGAAGGAAUUGAAAAGUUUCUUCUCGUGUUGCCCAGUGAAGAGGACAGACAAGAAGUGAAGGUGUUGUUCAACAAGGAAACUACCAGUGAAACGAGAUGGAACGCGUUCGUACAAUAUGUCGAAUCCAAACGAACAGAGGCAGAUCGGAAGUGGUACCUGUAUCGUCACUUGAUACAGGAAAUAAAAUUGCAAUAUUCGUAUCCGAGAUUGGACAUAAAUGUCAGCAAGGGUUUAAAUCACUUGCUCAAGUCACCUUUCUGCGUUCAUCCGAAAACCGGCAAGAUCUGCAUACCGUUUACCGCGAGCGCUGUAGACAAAUUCGAUCCCGACAAAGUUCCCACGAUAAUGACGCUGAUAAACGAGAUCAACGCGUACGACGUAAAGGACAAGAUCGAGGAAGAAACGUACGACUUGAGCAAAAAACGAAUAAAGGAUUACAAGAAAACGAGUCUGAACAAGUCGCUGCACGUUUUCCAGGAAUUCUUGCGACACUUGGAAGCUGAGCGACGGGAGCAGAGAUUAAAAGGAAAACUUUCAGCCGACAGUAUGGAAUUCUAAGAGGUUCUCUCGUGGUGAAGUGUGUGAUAUUGUUUUGUUUUUACAUUUGAUGCAACAUCAUGUAGAUAAGAGCUUUGCUAUGUGCGCAACGUAUUUAU